AUGCCUUGUCAUUUGCAUGAGGCAUGUCAAGCCUGCAUGGUGGUGGCAAUUGGUCUCGCUUGCCUUGCGAAUGUCAGCCUGCGGGCCUUUAUCUCUAUCACAGUAGUGCUUCGAGAAGCUAGAGAUUACAUCGAUAAUCGGAAUAAUGCACGUUCGGCGGAUGGAAUCUCUUCGAUUCUGGUGUUUGACAAAGUCCGGGCCGGACCACAAACUGGACCCCUUCCAUCCAUGGUUGCUGAGACUGGACCUCAACGCACAUGUGACAUUUCCACAAUGAAACACCUCGUGACCUGGAAAUCGGAAAAUCCCCUGCACGCCGUGCCUGGUCCCCAUAAGCUCUUGAAAAGAUUCAUAGCACUGUUAACUCGGUCAUGGGCUCGAUUCUACAUGGACAGAACGAUCAGAACAGCCACCAACUAUCCUCGUGCCCCUCAAUUCAUACUGGUGGAGUGUGCCGUGAAGAAUCCUGCACAGUGGGGUUGCGACUAUUCGGCCUCUGGAGCCAGCGGACCAGAAUGCCAGCCUCCAACAGGUCACAUGAGCAUAGCGCAGCCAGUCAUGUGCGGCCGCUGCUCGUCCCGGCGAUCCCCAAGCGCCAACCGCAUGCCGACCGGUUCCAACCCAACCUUAGUUCGCCCCCUCUCAUUAUCGUGA